GUUAGAUGAAAAGAGAUAGUUAUAUGUCAGAGUUUGUGAGGUGUUCUAGGAAGAAAAGGGAAAUUUUCCAGGAAGAAAGUUAUAUGUUUUUGAUAAACGAGUUCAUAAUUUCCAAUUUUCUUUCAAAUUGUCAGGCUGAGGUCGGUCCACCUGAAGUGUGUUAGUUCUUACCUGACAGAAGCAACCUUACCGUAUUCAUUUCUGUAACGAAAAUUAGAAAAUAAAAUGGCGUAUUGAAGAGCAAUGGUGGACAAUUGAAAUUUUCUAGUUUGAGUUAAGAUUAAAGAUACGACAAUGGAAGAUAAUUCGCUCAAUCAUCAGAAUGGUGUUGGACAAGUUGCUAAACAAGGUGGUGCAGUAAGCAACAACAAAGAAAAUGAUGAAACAUCCGUAAAAGCACAAUAUUCGAUACCCGGGAUCUUACAUUUUAUUCAACACGAAUGGGCUAGGUUCGAAUUGGAAAGAUCACAAUGGGAAGUUGAUAGGGCCGAAUUACAGGCCCGCAUAGCAUUUCUCCAAGGGGAACGUAAAGGCCAGGAAAAUUUGAAGAAUGAUCUUGUUCGUCGUAUAAAAAUGUUAGAAUAUGCUCUCAAACAAGAGCGUAGUAAGUUUCAUAAACUCAAAUAUGGUACAGAAUUGCAGCAGGGUGAUAUGAACCCCCCGCCAAUGGAUGAGACCUCAAAUGAAAACCAAAUAGACGCAGAUCCAACCUACAUCUCAGUAACUAAUUCCACUUGGAAGCAGGGACGUCAACUUCUGCGUCAAUACCUUCAGGAAAUCGGUUAUACAGAUAGAAUAAUAGAUGUAAGAUCUACUCGCGUUAGGGCUUUGUUAGGACUCAACAAUAAUGCUGAGCAGGAAGAAAACCACAACGGAGGCUCUCUAAACGGAAGUGAAUCUAAUAAAAGACCAAGUGAAGGUCAAGUAGGAAGAAAACCCUUCAAGAAGGAACGACCUGGCUCCCUUGCAGAGGCAAUGAUGAUCGAAGCUGAGCAGGCUGUCAUGGCUAACAUGGAAUUCCUCACAAAUUCCGAAAUGGAAAUGGAUGAUGAUGAGGAUAUAAUCAACGAGAAGGACGUUGAGACGAUAGAGGAAGCAGACGACGAUGUUAAGGCAGGAAGGAAGAAGGGCAAAAGUGAAAGAUUGUGCAGUGACUUUGACUCCAAAGCGAUGGAAGUUAUCAAUGAAAUCACGCAGCUCUUCGACUCCGAAGAUGACAAUGACGAUGGGGAUCAGGGGGACUGGAAUCAAGGUUACCAAACUACAAUACCAAAACGGCCCAUUGAUCCCGUUGUGAGCGAGGACAUCAACAACGCUCUGGAGGGCACCCUCGGUCUGGGGGAACUGGCCCAAUUGACCGUCAACAAUGACGCCGAGAACACGUACGACAUGGCCACAAGCAAAGAGGCUUUCAGGAAAACGUGGAACGCCAAGUACACCCUGCGCAGCCACUUCGACGGUGUGAGAGCCCUGGCCUUCCAUCCCACCGAACCGGUGCUGAUCACGGGCAGCGAAGAUCACACCCUGAAACUGUGGAACCUCCAGAAGACUGUCCCGGCCAAGAAGUCCGCUUCUUUGGAUGUGGAACCGUUGUACACUUUCAGGUGUCAUAACAAGCCAGUACUUUGUCUGGCUAUAUCAGGUUCGGGAGAUUACUGCUACUCAGGCAGUUUGGACUCCGCAAUUCACGUCUGGAACGUUCCAAAUUCUAACAUUGAUCCUUACGACCAGUUUGAUCCGGAGAUACUCUACACCACCCUCAACGGACACACAAAUGCAGUGUGGGGCCUGUCGGUUCUGAGUUCCAAGCAGCAACUGUUGUCCUGCUCAGCCGACGGCACCAUCAAACUUUGGGCCCCGCACAGUGAGGUCCCCCUUCUCAACACCUUCACCUCGGAACCGGACGGCGCGCCCUCUAGCGUCGACUUCAUCCGCGACCACCCGUUCCAGAUAGUGGCCGCCUACAACAGUUCGCACAGCGUCAUCUUCGACAUCGAGACGGCCAAGCCUGUGGUGCGGCUCGAGUCGGGCCAAGAGCAGGCCAACGCCGCGAACAAGAUGAUCAACAAGAUUGUGUCUCAUCCGACGUUGCCGCUCACGAUAACCGCCCACGAGGACCGUCACAUCCGUUUCUGGGACAACGUGUCCGGCAAGAUGGUGCACUCGAUGGUGGCGCACCUGGACGCCGUGACCAGCCUGGCCGUCGAUCCGAACGGCCUCUAUCUACUGUCAGGUUCACACGAUUGUUCGAUAAGACUGUGGCAUUUGGACAACAAGACUUGCGUUCAAGAGAUCACUGCACAUCGGAAGAAAUUCGAUGAGAGUAUCCUAGAUGUCGCUUUUCACCCUUCGAAACCGUAUAUAGCAAGUGCAGGAGCAGACGGUCUCGCCAAAGUGUUUGUGUGAAUAUGCAGUUAGUUGAACUACAUUGAAUAACUCAAAAAAAAACCAGUGAAUAUUGAUAGAAUCGGGCCAAUCUCCAGAUGUAUAACUGAAAAGGUUUCUUCCCAGUUGAAAUUGAUACCGUUUGAAAAUAAAAUGUCAGAGAUAAUUGAGUUUUCUCUUGGGGAAGUUUAAAAAUAAAUAUAAUAAAUUCAAUGAUAUUUUUUAUAUACUCAAAUAGUACAUUUCCAGAAUCCAUGGAAACCUAAAGACUUUGAAUUGAUCGAUCGAAUAACAGUUGAAAUAACGACAAAUUUAAUCAUAUUUUUCUAUUUUUAAUGGAUUUAUUUCUAGUCAACUCGAAUCUUAAUGAUCAAACACGCUUCAAAACAUUUUGUUCAAGUGAUUUAUGUUUUAAGUAAUUUUCGUUUAAAGAGUAAAUUUAAUAUCAGAUAGUUUGAAAAACCUCAAUUGACUGUCUACAUCACCCAAUAUUUCAUGAAUGGCAUCUUUGGAGAGGGGUCGUGAUCUAGAUACCUAUUAUAAUACUUCAUUUAUUCAUUCGUAGAUUUAGCUGUACAUAUAACUAGAGAUACUCUUAUGGUUUGUAUAUAAUAGGUAAUCAAUUACCUCUAAUUCCAUUUCUUUUGUAUAUAAUUUUUUUUUCUAAUUUAAAACUUCCUUUUUAUAUGUAAUUUUGUUUGCAUUUGUUGUAUUGAAUGUAAAUAAAUAAUCACUGUGCUUGUACUCACUACUGGAUAAGUCAUUGAUUCUAGUCGUUUCAGCCUUUUUUUUUUUCAUAGGUACUUCCGGAAGAGAAGAGUUUUUUUUUAUUUAUAUUAUAUUUAUUUAACCACACAGAAAGUGCCAAACUAAACCUAGGGUGAAAAUGGCAGAAACUCAAUUCUAAAAAAUUCAGAAAAGUGUGUAUUAUUAUCCAUUAUUGUUCAAAAAAGAACAGUUCGAUCUUUAUUUAAUAAUAGUCGAAUUAGAAACAUUUAUUAUUAAUGUGUUCAACUUCCGAAUAAGGUUCAACAAAAAUUUGAUAGAUUAUUCAGGUUGACAAAAAAUUCUUGAGUCAUUUCAAUUCUAUGACUUAGCUAUUUUUUGUCUACUACCUGAAAUUCCCAAAAAAGGUCUGUUGGCCAACCUGAUUCCUUCGAGUAUCUACUUCAAGGUCAUCUACUUUCCAUAGGAUUUUUUAAUGAAAAUGUAACUAGUUGCAGCAGUUUUAGAAAAAAGAACAAAUAUUUGUGAAAAGCUUUUGUACGAUGGUAGUUUUUUAGUAUCAUCAUAUUAUAUAGAAAUUCUAUUUACAUAUAAGACCACUUGUACCUACCUUAGUACAAAAUCUUCAUCGUAUUCAAUAUUCCAUUUUGAAUUAUUCUUUUGAAUCAAGUGUGUUCAAAAAUGGCAAUAUUAUUAGAAGUGCAAGAAUUUCUGUGUAGUUUUAAUGGCACAAAUUGAAAGUAGUGUAUUCUGUAUAGCAAUUGGUUGAUUUUAACAACAGGAAAUUUAUAAUAACUGUUAUUGGAAUGUUCGUACAAAUAUCUAUUUUUUUCUUAUAUUCCCUCUUUUUUAAUGGAAUGAUUGAGAAAAAUAGUCUAUCCACAAACUACUCAAAAUGUCCUUCAGGCAGCCAACAUAUUAUCAUGUAUUAUCAAGAAAUUAUAAAAAAUCAUUGUAGGAAAUGAUUCUUAAUAAAAAUCGGUGUACAAUAUAUAUAUCAGAGUCCAUUUCUUGGCCUCUAAUGGGAGUAUUGAUUUUUUUAAUCUACAAUAUCAACGUUCAGUGAUUUUCAAAAGUGAAGGUUAUUUCCUCGAUAUAAAAGCUCAAAUGACUAGAAGUGAUGAAUUUACAGCUGAACAAUGUUAACUAUUGAAUAGGUACAUGUUUCCUACAUUAGGAGCAGUUCAACUCCAAAAUGAUAUGAAAUUGUAUGUAUAUUACUAAGUGAACAUUACUAAUAGCUCUAAUCUGAGAAUGUUAAGCUCUUGGUUUUCGAUAUUUAGAUAUCUAGAUUGAAUAAAUGUUUUUUGUUUUUUUCAACGCAAUGACAUAUUUUUAACUUUGUAUAUUCAUAGAUAAUCGCAUUUUUUACAAUUUGAUUGUGAUAAUUUAAUUUAUGAGUUUCAGUAUAUGAUAAACUUUUCUUGUAACUACUCCAAAUAUAGUGCUAUUAUUUC